AAAGUUUUUCUCUCUUUUACGUAAAACAGUGCGCAGCAUUCACCUCUAAUUAAUCUAGAUUAAAAAUAAAAAAAAAAAGAACUACAAGUCUAUGCACAAUUCUCUAAAGGCAAAUUACCUGAAACUUAAGUUCGAGUUACUUACCAAAGUGAUCGACCCCCGCGCUUUCUCCUGCUACCAAUAUUCUACUAUUUUAGUUUGUCGAUCAGUCUUCGAUAAGUUUCACGCUUCGUGUUCCUAUGCUUGCGUCUUAAUUCUCAUAUAAUAUAUAUAUCAGUGGAAAGUACCUGUAAAAAUUCAAAAUACCCAAGUUUUAGUUUUUUAAUAUCAAAUUCAAUGUAAUUAAUUAGUUUCAAAUUAAAUCAAUCAUGUCAAUAAAUGCGACAAAAAUAUUUCGUAAUUAUAAUAUGGUGAGAGUAAAUUCUAAAUCGGUGACUUUUAAAUAAAUAUUGUGAGGGGAAAAAGCAGAAAAAUCCGAAGAAAAUAUAGAAACAAUGAUAAAUUUUUCGUUGCAAUUAGUCGAGAGUGUGAUAAUAAUUUUAUUGCAUAAUUUUCAAUAAGAAAAGUUGUGAUAACAUUUAGAGAAAGGAAGAAAUAUUUUAAUUAUUACAAAAAAUGUGAUGGCGAGGAAGAAGGAAGACAAAGCGAAAGAAUUGGAAGAAAUUCAUUGGGUUCACAACUGGAAUCCCACGAAAAAACCAAACGUUGACGGGAAUUUUUUUCCUGAUUCUGAAAUCUGGGAUAAAAAUGAGAAUUUAAUUCUUCAUCGUAGUCAUAAGUUUCCUAACGAGGACUUUCAAUUAUACAAACCAUGGAACAAGAAUCGAGUAACAAGUGUCGUGCCAUGGCUAUUAACAAUGUCAUUGGUGGGUUUGAAAAAUUUUGUUACACCAGCAACACCAAAUCAACUGUCACAAGAUCUUCAAGCACCGCCACAAAUUUAUUCGCCAUCAAUUUAUCCUCCGGUAACUGUCACGCAGAACGGCAAAGGCUUUCCAAUUCACACGACUUGCAAUUAUCCUUAUCACGAUGACACGUCAUUGGAUCAAGGAUUAUUGAAACCACCAUGUAGUGAGGAUCAACGAUAUCCCCCAAAUCCAAUAAAUAAUUGGAUGAUUGAAAAUUAUCAGAAUUCAGGAUAUGAGAAGAAAAUCAAAAGUGGACGUGAAAUUGAUGCGCAAUUAAAUCGUCUUAAUUUCAAUUCACCAUCGCUAAUUGAUGAGAAAAAUAAAGGAAUUUAUAAACCUGAUCUCUUAUAUAAUAAACCGGUGGAAAAUUAUGAGUACGUUGGUCCGGCGAUGGAAUUGGAAUAUUUUUGGAAAACGGUAGAUUUUGAGUAUGAAAGUGAAGAAGCUCGAAACCGAGCUCGUUUCGAAGGUUCCUACAUUCCGGAGAACAAUUUACCCCUAGGACUUGAAGUUUGGGAAGACAGAGUCUUUAUCACUUUGCCGAAAUGGAAAAGUGGCAUUCCAGUAACUCUCACGACUGUUCCACGAUAUUCAGCAACUAAAAGCCCGAAGUUGAAACCGUAUCCUAAUUGGGAAUGGAAUAAUGCUGGAAAUUGUGAAGGACUCACCUCAGUGUUCAGAAUUCAAGUAGAUGAUUGUCAACGUCUAUGGGUUUUGGAUUCAGGAAAAAUUGACAUCACAAAUAGUACAGAGCAAAUUUGUCCACCGGCAAUCUUCAUUUUUGAUUUGAAAACAGACCGUCUUCUUCACAAAUACGUUUUUCCCAAGGACCACAUCAAGGAGGAUUGUCUUUAUUCAAAUAUAAUCGUCGAUGUCAGACAUGGCUUCUGCGAGCUUGCCGUCGCCUAUAUUUCCGAUGUUUUUCGAUUUGGGGUCGUUGUUUAUGAUCUCCUGUCAGAUUCAUCAUACAGAUACGAGCACCAUUUCUUCUAUCCGGAUCCCUUAUCUGCAAGAUACAAUCUUCAUGGGAUCCAAUUUGAGUGGACGGACGGAAUUUUCGGAAUGGCAUUGAGUCCACUCGAUAUCGACCAAGAUAGGACAAUAUUCUUCCAUCCCAUGUCAAGUUUUCGGGAAUUUGCAGUGUCCACUCGUGUUUUGAAGGACAAAAAAACGGCUGACGAAUGUUCGGAUAAAUUUGUACCCGUUGGAAAGCCAAGAGCCAAGGAUUAUGGACAAUCAUCUGGUUCGGCAAUCGAUCGUGAUGGUGUUAUGUUCUUCAAUAUGGUCACCAGAGAUUCCGUAUGGUGUUGGGAUACUAGAAAAGAAUAUAUCCCCGAAAAUCUCGGUGUCAUUGGUACAAGUAAUGUUUCACUCAUAUUCCCCAAUGACGUGAGAACGGAUCAUGAAAUUAAUCAGAGUGUAUGGAUUUUGUCUGAUCGAUUGCCAAUGUAUCUUUAUGGACACUUGAAAAGUGAUGAUGUGAAUUUUAGAAUUUUCCGCGCUUACGUUAAGGAUGCUGUGCGAAAUACUGUUUGCGAUCCCAAUUAUGUUGUUGCCGAUGCUCAAAAUGAAUUCGACGAAAAUUGUUAAUCUCACACACAGUAAAAAGUAAAUCUUAUUUUAAGAACGAGCUGAAAUUAAACAAGUCUUAAAACUAAGACCGGUCUUAAUUUAAGCAAUUGACAUAGGUUCAGGUUAAUUUUUUACAUUGUUGAUAAAUACUUAAAUACACUACUCAUGUGGUCAUUUUCAGAAACGUCUAAAUAUUGAAUUUUCUUUACCGACAUAGUCAAACGCUACCGAUAAAUUAGUUGUUAUUAUUAUAAAUCGACUUAAAUACGAAGAAUACAAUAAAGUAAUUCGAAACUGACUACAGUAGUAUAGUCCGAGCGCUGACAGUGGCUGACAAUAAAAAGAACAAAAUACAUAACCUCAAAGUGUCAAAUUUUGUUACAUAUGUAAUAAAUAUUUAGAACUCUUUAUGAAUAAUAUGUUUAAUGAAAAAUAGUGUAAAUAAAUUUUGGGAAAUUAGUAACUAUAUAUAUACCUAAUAGCACACUCAGUGCUGAUAUUCAGCACGGAUCUUUAAAUUCAGCAAAAAAUAUGAUUUGAAAUUAAGCGAAGGCUGUUUUGAAAAUGUUGCAUCUUAAAUUAAGGUACCUUUCAUGCCUUAAAAUAAGACUUUCUUCUUACUGUACUGAAACACUGGCAAAAUGUUUUUUAUAUAAUUUUUUUAGUAUAAAAGAGGCAGGCCUCGGAUCGACUUUAAGUUUAACGAGCAAAAAAAGUCGCUUUAGUCGAUUUAAAAUAGAAAAAAAA